UUAGCAUUGAAUGACAUUGAGAAGUUACUGAAGUGCAAGUAAUCAUUUGAUCUGACUGUCUACAAACGCUCACUAUUUCAAUCAAUAGUUAUCCUAAAUUGACCAACCACUGGACUCGAUGAAUAAUUUUUCUGCAGCAGAAAUGAGUUUGCCAGUGCCAAGUUUUCAGUUCUUCGGCAGAGUUCCCCUGUUUCCGCCUCCGAUCCCAAUAGAGUUCCUGCGAUCCAGAACCUCAUCUGUGGACGGCACUCAGCCUCGUCUCCCUGGACCGAUACCCUCGUCAUCUCAAUCUUCACGUGUGCGAUUUCAUAACACGCCGUAUGCCAGAGGCUCACUAAGUUUUCUAUCGGAAAUCAAUCACAUGAUUCAAUCUCAAGCUCUUUUUCCAGUCAGUCAAGACAGUCAGUCUAAUAGAGUCCACAAGAAACGACACUUCUGCCGUUUUUGUGGGCGAGAAUUUUCCAAGAGUUACAAUCUCGUUAUCCACAUUCGUACUCACACUGAUGAACGGCCUUUCCCUUGCAGUGAAUGCGGUAAAGCCUUCAAGAGGCUAGAUCAUUUACGGGACCAUAAGUAUACUCAUAUGAAGAACAAACCUUUUACGUGUUCUAUUUGUGGUAAGGGUUUUUGCCAAGCUCGUAUCAUGAUGAUGCAUCAAUCUCAACAUUCUGAUGCAAGUGAAAUACCUAAAAGUUCAGCAGAUGCUACAUUAGAAAGUCGGAAAAUUCCAUCUCCUCCUCCAUGCGUUUCUUCUACAAGCUCUUCGGGAUCAUCAGAAACAGAAGCGCAAGACGGAAACGACAAUUUGAACGAUGAGUGUGAUAAAACUAAAUCACCUUCUCCACAUCCAAAUGAUAUUUAUAAGAAGCCCCAAAUAAAGGAAGAAAACAAGACAAAAGUUGAUGGCAAAAAUUCACUUACUGGCGAAAGAAAAUUUAAAAUUGUAUUACCUCCUCCGACGCCUGCACCCUUGCAAGUCGCCCGCACCUCUCGACCGCCAACGCGUGGGUUUUCAAUUGCUGACAUCUUGUCUUGAGCUGUUAUUUUACUU